CUACGGAGUUCCAACAGUGGCGCUUCGUACAGGAGGAAUCAUGAAAAACCGCUCUCUGUGUCAUUCCUGUGUUCUUCCGCUGUCAGGGACUGGCUAAUCUGGCUGUACUUUGACCCCUGGCUUACCAAAUUAAGGGCCCAAUCGUGAAGAUUAUUUCUUCAGUAUCAGCAAGUAUCCGUAGUCAGCCGCAUCAUGUCGGACACCGUAAGCCCAGUGAAAUACUUUCUGAGCGGAGGAUUCGGCGGAGUAUGUACCGUCCUGGCGGGUCACCCUCUGGACACCAUUAAAGUACGACUUCAGACAAUGCCUGUGUCAGCUCCAAAUGAGCUGCCUUUAUAUUCUGGUACAUGGGAUUGUGCCAAAAAAACUAUCUCCAAAGAAGGGAUACGCGGCUUAUAUAAGGGUAUGGCUGCACCAUUAUGUGGCGUCGCGCCAAUAUUUGCGAUAAGUUUCUUUGGAUUUGGUGUUGGGAAAAGACUACAACAGAGUACUCCGGACGAGAAGCUCACAACAGUACAAUUAUUUGGGGCCGGUGCUUUCAGCGGAAUAUUUACGACUAUUAUAAUGGCACCUGGGGAACGUAUUAAGUGUCUGUUACAAAUACAGCACGCAGACGCUAAACCAAAGUAUAAGGGACCUAUGGAUUGCGCGAGACAAUUGUAUCGAGAAGGAGGCAUCCGAAGUAUAUACAAAGGCACCUGCGCUACGUUAUUAAGAGAUAUUCCAGCCAGCGGCAUGUAUUUCAUGACGUACGAAUAUCUGAAGGAACAAUUCACUCCCGAGGGAGGGAAGCUUAGUCUACUGGCUACUAUAGCAGCUGGCGGUUUCGCAGGUAUCGCGAACUGGCUGGUGGGAAUGCCACCUGAUAUCUUGAAAAGUCGUCUGCAAACCGCGCCAGAAGGCACGUACAAAAGAGGGGUACGCGAAGUAUUUGUCGAACUGAUGAAAAACGAGGGACCUACAGCGCUUUACAAAGGUGUCGUGCCGGUAAUGUUACGAGCCUUUCCUGCGAAUGCAGCUUGUUUCAUGGGCUUCGAAGUUGCGAUGAAAUUCUUGAACUGGGUCGUACCAGGUUUAUAAUUGCCAUAUAUAUAUAUAUAUGUUGAAAUCUUGCAUGAUGCUGCCAUAGAAUAUGUAUGAAAACGCCUUGUUGUAUUAUGUACGUUGUUUCUACAAAAGCUACCUCCUUGUAUAACCGACUGCCUGCCAAUUAUUUAAAUUAUAUCUCGAUCGAUUGAAUUGUCGCGGAAUUAGAAAAUAUUUUGAUGCACAAAAUAUUUAUAUUUUUUACUUGUUUUUUUUCUGACAAAUCUGUCACGUUUAAAUUACAUUUUGCUCUGCCAUUUGUAUUCCACGAAUGCGGAAUGACUAAUUUUUCAUCAUGGCAGAAGUAAAUCGCCUGAAUUUGUUUUUACCUCAAAAUAAUGGCGAAUGCAGCUCAAAGGAGCGACGUAUGAUCGCAAGGUAUAUUAGAAAAUAGAGAAAUGAUAGUUAUGAAGAGAAUCUUGUUAUGUUUAGAAAAAAGAUUUAUAUGUUUAUAUGUUUAAAGUGCAAUAUUUCACAAUUCUAUCGUAUAGAAUUGUUUAACAAAGAAAUAAAAAUGAAAGUAUGUCAUCAGGGAAUAGAUAUUCAUGAUAGAUAGAUAGAUAGAUAGAUAGAUAGAUAGAUAUAAUAUUCAUGAUAUCGUAUUUGUUUUACAGAGUAUUUGAUAAAGAUUUGAAUAUGUAUAUAUAUAUAAAAUUCCUCCAUAUAUAAACAUAUCAUAUCAGAACGUGAUAACAAUAAUAUUCC